CGUCUUAUGAGUCCGAGAUUGGGAAACUGAAGGAGGAAUUGAUGCAGGAAAUCCACCAACUGGAGGCCCAGAAGGACGAGGCCAUAAAGGAGGCCUCUGAAUGCUCGGAGCAGCACAUGGAGCAGCUGAGGCGUCAGCUCAUGGUUGUGUCCAUAUCCUACAAUGUGCAGGGAUGCAGAGCCGCCUGGCGUCACUCCAGCCCGUCCUGAAGAAUAUGAAGAGCAACUACAACAGUCUGAGGAGUCAAGUGAGGAACUUCUCUCAAUUCUAUGAGGCGUCCAUCAGAGAGGCCCGAAGACAGAUCUGCGAUGCCGUCACGGAUGUUUCUGAAGCCAACAAGGAUCUUCUGCUAAAAUACCAAAGAGAAAUGCAGCUGCGCAAGAAAUACCACAACCAGCUGGUGGAGCUGAAGGGAAACAUCCGUGUGCUGUGCAGAGUGCGGCCGCACGUGGACACCGGAGAGGAGGACGGUUCUGGAGCCUCCACCAUCAUCACCGAUGUCAACGACGACACCAAACUCUCCCUACACUAUAAGGGCAAGGACAGGAACUUCGAGCUGGACAAAAUCUUCUUACCGCACACCACACAGGAGGAGGUCUUCCAGGAGAUUGAGCCGGUGGUCAUGUCCUGCAUCAAUGGAUACAACGUCUGCAUCUUUGCUUAUGGUCAGACUGGAUCUGGCAAGACGUACACCAUGGAGGGCACAGCGGAGAACCCGGGCAUCAACCAGCAGGCCCUGUGUGCCCUCUACCAGGAGAUGGAGGCCAGGCGAGGUCUGUGGAGCUACAGUGUCAGCCUCAGUAUGGUGGAGAUCUACAAUGAGGUCAUCAGAGAUCUUCUCUCCAAGGACCCCCAGGAGAAGCUGGACAUCAAGCUGAACCCGGACGGCAGCGGUCAGCUCCACCUGCCCGGACUGACCAGGAAGGAGGUCAAGAGCCUCCGGCACAUCAGAAAGAUCCUGUCACUGGGGAAAAGAAACAGAGCAACAUUCUGCACUAACAUGAAUGAGAGGAGCUCCCGAUCCCACGCCUUACUCACCAUCACCAUAACCGGGCAGGAGCUGAGCUCUGGAGCUGUUACUACAGGGAAGCUAAACCUGGUGGACCUGGCGGGAUCUGAACGGGUGUGGAAGUCCGGGGCGGAGGGCGAACGUCUGAAGGAGGCACAGAAUAUAAAUAAGUCUCUGCUUGCCCUGGGGGAAGUCAUUCAGGCCCUUAGAGCCAAGCAAGGUCACAUCCCCUUCAGGAACUCCAAGCUCACCUACCUGCUGCAGGACUCACUGGGCAAGGGCAACAAGACGGUCAUGAUGGUGCAGGUGUCGUCCCUGGAGAGUAAUAUUGGGGAGACUGUCUGCUCCCUGAACUUCGCCCAGCGGGUCUGUAAGGUGGAGCUUGGUCCGGCCUCCCGGAGGAUGGAUGGCGGCAGAGCGGAGGUUUGAGCGCCGCCUGCACCG